ACGUGUCGUCAAUUCGAAUUAAUAUGGCAGCACUAUGGAAUAUUUUGUUGUGUUAUGCUACAGGCGUGUUUGUAGAUUUGGGCACAGGUUUUGAAAAACGGAAUAGUAAAUAAAUAAAAGUUGUGAAAUACAGCGAGUGGUGGAAAUUUUGUAAAAUAAACUCAUGGAUUCUACAUCAUCAACAUCUGCAUCGUCGACAGCUGGUGCUUCGUCAAUUAAAGCAGAUCAAGAACCGGUGACCGCGCCAGUAUGUAUGAUUGUGCUCGGCAUGGCUGGUUCAGGCAAGACCACAUUUGUACAGAAACUUACACAGCUCUCCUUCAACCAUUUCAAGCCAUAUGUGAUAAAUCUUGAUCCGGCAUGCCGGGAAACACCCUAUCAUGCAAAUAUUGACAUAAGAGAUACUGUUAAUUACAAAGAGGUAAUGAAACAGUACAAACUUGGCCCAAAUGGUGGUAUUGUCACUUCAUUGAAUUUAUUUGCUACCAAAUUUGAAAAAGUAGUUGAGUUGAUAAGGCGUGCUGGGCAACAAGGUCAUAAGUGGUGUAUAAUCGAUACACCCGGACAAAUUGAGGUUUUCACAUGGUCUGCGUCCGGCACCAUUAUCACAGAAGCGCUAGCAACAAUGUUUCCAACAGUUGUUGUUUAUGUUAUGGAUGUUGUGCGUUCCAUAAGUCCGACUACAUUCAUGUCCAAUAUGCUGUAUGCCUGUUCUAUACUGUACAAAGCUCGUUUGCCAUUUAUUGUGGUGCUCAAUAAGAUUGAUGUGCAAGAUCAUGAUUUUGCGGUUGAGUGGAUGAGCGAUUUUGAGGCAUUUCAAGAAGCAUUAGAGAAAGAACAGAACUAUAUAAGCAACUUGACCAGAACGAUGUCACUAACACUCGAUGAAUUUUAUCGGAAUCUGCGUACGUGCGGUGUGUCAUCAAAGACGGGUAUUGGUUUUGAUCGACUAUAUGAUUUAGUGGCUGAAUGUGCUAGGGAAUAUGAAAGCGAUUAUAAAGCGGAAUAUAAUAAACUGCGUGAGGCAAAACUGAGCGAAGAAGCAAAAAAGAAGGAGAAUGAAUUAGCUGCAAUUGCCAAGAGUAAAGGCCAAGGCGCAGAAGUACCGAUGAGUGGAUUCGUUGAGGAGGUGCCUGUUGGUCGCGAUUUAUCAGAUAUUUACCUAAAACAUCCCGGCAAUGAGAGUUCUGAGGAUGAAGAAGGUCAAGAAGAAGAAGCGCCUACCUUUAAUGAAGAUCACGUAGAAGAGCAAAAUUUUAAUCAAUUUGUAAAACAACAUACAGAUGCACAAAAAGAAAAAAAUAAACAAAAAUAAAUAAUAAAA